AUGGCUUCGUUCUCAGCAGAUGAGAUCAGCUCGGACCUCGCCGGCCUCCCGCAGGGAGCAUUCGCAGGCGCUUCCACAGAAGAUAUUUUGGAGUUCGCCAAGUUCGUCUGCUCUGUAGACGAAAACGCCAAGGCUAAACAUGACCUUCGCUUUUACACGGGCACGGCGCGUGCCAUGGCAGAGGUCGUGCAGGGCGUCCAGAUGGAGGAUUACGCAGACGACUUCAUCCGCGACUCCCUCAAGACUGGCUUGGUGCUCCACGACAAGCCGUUCGCCUCUUCCGGCCCUGAGGGUUGGAAAGAAUUUGUUCUGACGCCUGCUAUGCUGUCGCUGGCUCUGCGUGCGCAGGGUAGGUUUCAGUCCAAGAUGAAGAUGGCUUCGGAUUCGGAUGCUGCAGGGGUCUCGGUGUUCGCCAAUGCCAUGCAGCAGUUCGUCCAGGCGACGUCUCACACGGCCGCGGCGGGCUCUGCAAAGAAGGGUUUGUCCUUCGAUUUGGCCAAGCGGAUCCAAGAAAUGGGUUUGGCGCACUUCCCGUCGGAUGGGCUCCCUUCAGAAGAAACCUUGGCCAAAUUCGAGCAUGCUGGCAAAGUGGCCGCCGAGAAGCAGCGCAAGUGGAUCGGCAGCGCGGACGGUGAGUGUCUGCAGACGCACCACCGACCGGAAUGGUCGCGCACGCCUGUCGUGGCUGCGCCACCGACUGGUUCAUCUAUCGAGGAAAAGCUCAAGCAUGUGCUCGACGACAAGAAAGCCCGAGCGGACGAGUUGAAGCUCGAUUAUCAGAGCUACGCUACGUUCAUGGGUCACGUGUUCCAGUGGGGGAUGAAGUGCGUGCUGAUGAAAGCGUGCUCGUCCACGGAGCUUUUGGCUUACCUGUUCAAUCUGACCCACAUAGCUGAGGAACACGGCGGGGUCCGGACGGCUUAUCAGUACGACAUCUUGCAGCGUAAGGCGAUGGCGCGCUCGCUCGAGCGAGGCGAGGACCGGCUUUCGCACUACUUCAACGUGCUCGACGAGGACAUGGCCCGGAAGGCCAAAGAUAAAGUAUCUCAGAAGAUGAAGGAGACCACCGGCCGGGCGACCACUGGCCAGGCGCAGCACGGCGGAGGCUCCCGGACCUACGGUGGCAGCAGCUCUGGUUACGGAGGCUGGGGCAAUGCCAGCUCCAGCGGGGCGGCGCCGAAGGGCCAGGGCAAGGCGCACAAAGGGGCUGGGCCCGCGCCGAGCACCCCCAAGAAGAAGAGGUCCAGGUCGCCAAAGCGCUCUGGCAACGGCGGCAACUCCAACGGCAAGGGAGGCAAGGGCGGCCAUGGCAACAACCAGGGCAACAAGUCCUGGCAGGACAAGUGGUGGAACAAGUGA